AUGUGUUUGGCUCCAGACGCACUCGAACGGACGACGUCCACGACUAUCACGUACUUCCGCACGCGCACUCGUCCACAUCAGACGAUACUUCCUUGUUGGGUGGCCAUUUCCAUUGAACACUGGUAUCUGAACAGUACGGGUAAUUCAACCGACACAACAACAACACGCACGGUGUGUUCCACAACAUCAAACGUUCAAGUGAAGGACGAACAAUCUCCGGAUCUUCCCCUGUCCUACAAUCAGAUCAACUGCCUUGAAAACGUUCAUCGACUGCUUAAAUCGCAGUCCCGGCCGGAUACGCCGACGAAAUGCGAACAGGAUGAUUCGACGUCCGGUACGACCGCAUCGAUCCCUUUGACUCGUGAGGUCCUUCAAGCACACACGAGACGAUGGGAGGAGCAGUAUCGGGACACAUGGCAUCGCCGUCUUAAGCGAAUGUCGGCCGAGGUGCUGCCCGGUGCCCCGGCUCACAAGCAUAUGCGUCCUGCGUCCAGCUGUACGCCGCCUGCUCACUGGCCAACUGCGAAACGAGAAGAGUUCUACCGUAGUCUCGCACCGAAUCCGCCACCACCACCUGGGAUCAACUUCCAGAUCACCACCAUCCCGUUGCCUCCUGUGGAAGAAAAAAGCACCACUCCGACGUCGACCACCGACCGAUCGAGCGCGUUCACAGCGGUUCCUCCGAAGGGAAUUCCUCUCCGGGAACUGCCCACUCCGAUCGCUCUCUCCAUACAGGAACACGGCUCUGUCAUCCAGACACCGUCCGAACCGCUUAUGGUUCCUCGUGAAAUGCUCGCUCAUCGACUUCAAUGGGCGUACGCUGUCGAACAUCCUUCACUUAGACAACACACAAAAGCAUUGCGUUUACUGCCCGAAAGUGCAUAG